AGAGAGAGAAGGAGGGUGAGGGAGAGAGAGAACCAGAAUCCCGGCAUCAUUCCAGCAGAGGGAAGGAAGUGGAUUGGGGGGCGGUGGGGGAAUGUUUCUCACUCAGAUGUAACAACCACAGAAAGCAGGGAUCGCCAAGUGCGCAAAAGCCGCUUCUUCCUGAGAACAUCAUUACGCACGGCGCUGCCCUCCCCCCCCCCCCCCCCCCCAUUUAUUUUUUUAUUUUCACGUCUUUUCGUUCCCUUCGUUCGCUGCACGGACUGACCGGAGGUUGGAUGUACAUGUGUGCGCGCGCGGCGGUGGGGACUUUUUAAUUUUUUUUUUCUUUUUUUUUUUUUGCCAAGCGUCCCACCUGGAGGCUCGAAACUGAGAAAAUCCGUCGCCCUACUGGAAUAUUAACAACCCAGUCUUAGCAACGGCCCAGGGGAGUUGCGGGGAGGGAAGAUGCUGCUGCUGCACCAGCAGCAGCAGCAGCAGCAGCAGAGUUUGGGACUCUAGAGAGCUUCCCCAACUUUUCUUUUUUUCUUUGUUUUUUUUUUUUGCUUUCUCUCCCCUCCUCUGGUUCCGUUUCUAAUCUGUUUUCCUCUGAUCAUCUUCGCCUUUGGGACUUUCUGUUUGAUUUGCAGCUCAACGGAAUCAGUCAUGGACCGCUCCACGUCUUUGGAUAUCGAAGCGCUCAAGAUGACCCAGGAGCAGUACAUCCUGGCGGCCCAACCCAACCCCCUCCACCAGCGAGGGGCGUCGGAGUGCAGUGGCCAGGUCUACCCAGCAGUCGGCAUCUACGGCUGGAGGAAGAGAUGCUUGUACUUCUUCAUCCUCCUCCUACUCGUCACAAUGAUUGUCAACCUGGCACUCACCAUCUGGAUUCUCAAAGUCAUGAACUUCACUCCGGUAAGAGGCUUCUGCGUGCUUACAUCAUUAAAGUGCCAAGGUGUUUUAUGGGAUUGGCGCAGAAGAUGCUUUAAAUGACUUGAAAGGAUUCGCUUAAGGUACUGAUGCCAACAUAUGAUUGAUAAUAAAAUUAAGAGCAGGUAACUGAUGAGACCCAAGUAAAUCUUAGCAUCUCAUUGUGUUUCACCCCGAUAGCCGUCC